GGCAUGGCCGGUCCCCACCUGAAGAAUUUCGCGAUGCAGCUAGUCCGGCGUCGACGUCUGCCCGUAUUUUUUGCUUGGUCCUUAGCGUACUGCUGAUUUUUUUUUUGAUCACAUGCGGAUUCGGUGGUGUGAUAUGUGAUGAUGUAUAGAGAGUCAGAUACAAGCUGUGGUCACCUGAGUUAGUGACGUCCAGAUAUACUAUUGUUGGUGUAGGAUAAAUGGCAAUGUAUUUGACUUGAGAAGAGAGAAAAAUGGUUACCACUUGGACUAUAUGCUUCAUACUUAUCUAUUCCAUGGCACUUGGCCAGCUAGAUACUAGGAAAACCUUUGAACAAAUUAUCAGACAAACUAGAAGGGAACAUAUGGGCAACUUUGUAAUAAAAUACCCUCAGUCUAAUGCCAGAGUGAGGACCCAAGUCAUAUUUCCGAAGACAAUGCCAUUUCCUUGUGCCAAUGCAACUAAACCUGGAAUAGGAAAAUCUCUAGAACGACCGACUAGCGUUCAUAGACUGAGACCUGGAGAUAUAGACGUGAUCGGUGCCAUGGGUGACUCCCUCAUUGCUGGCAAUGGUGCUAUGGAGGAAUACGCCUUGGGAACAAUGAUCGAGUACCGGGGCAUCUCCUGGUGUGCAGGCGGUCAAGGCACAUGGAGAGAGUACCUCACCCUUCCAAACAUCCUGAAGGAGUUCAACCCUAACUUAACGGGCUAUUCUACUGGCACGGGAGAGUUCUUAUCUUCCAAAUCACAACUAAAUGUUGCUUUUCCGGUUGCCGCUGACGCGGAUGCCAUGCGACAAGCCAAAAUAUUGGUGAGCAAAAUGAGGAAAAACAAAAGCAUAGACAUAAAGAAUCAUUGGAAGAUGGUAACCAUAUUUUUCGGUGCCAAUGAUUUGUGUUCUGCUCAAUGCUACGAUCAAGGAAAAGCUUCUGCUGAAGCUCACGCUGCCAAGCUAGCUAGAGCCCUAGAUUUUCUGCAGAAGCAUUUGCCGAGGACGUUCGUCAACUUAAUUCCAGUUUUAGAUGUCUCAGUUAGUAUCCGAGUAAAGAGAACAAUGAUGUGUAGAUUUCUACAUCGAUUAUUUUGCGAAUGUUUCCACAAAGAUGGCAAUGAGAUGGACAUCAUCACAAGUCUGACUAGAGCUUACCAAAGAGCAGAAGAGGAGCUGAUACUUAGUGGAAGGUAUGACAAAAAAGAUGAUUUCACUGUUGUCUUACAACCAUUCAUGAAGUUUUUCAAUGCACCAGAGGACCCUAAACGAAAGUUUGAUGAAGUAAUCGAUGUAUCUUACAUUACAUAUGACUGCUUCCACUUUUCUCAAAAAGGACACGCUUUAGGUGCUAACAUGCUGUGGAAUAAUCUGCUACAACCCGUUGGGAGAAAAAGUGAUAAGAAACUAAACUAUAUUAUGGAGCGGUUUGAAUGCCCUACGCCAAAUGCACCUUAUUUGUUUACCAACAAAAACUCCAAAACAUUUUUGGAAACUGGUCAUCAAUAGUAGACAUGUCGAUAUAUGCUAAUAAUUGUCUACUUUAAACACAUCUGAAGGAAUGUGAUUUUGUAGUAGAGAAAUGUCCGUCGAGUUUUGGAUGGCUAAAAGGAUACAGCUUCCGUAUUAGGUGACCUGUUUUGAAAAGACAGGCAAUGACAUUUCCGUUAUCACAAAAGAUUUUGUAAAUAAUACAUGAAGACUUGAAGUAAAUAAUGUGCUAAGUGCCAAAAUUAUUAUUUCGAGAUAAACAAUACUUUUUGUUCUAUAAUCAAUAAAAUUAAAAAAACACUCCGAAAGUUAAACAUAGGUUUAUUCAAGUAAGUAUUUUUCGGUGUAUUUAAUAUUCUUGGUAACUUUUUGUAAAAUCAUAGAAUGUGCUAAGUGCCAUUAGAAAAACAUAAAUAUUGU